GAGUUGUAGAAACCACAGCUGUUUGUUAACCAUACAAUUUUAUUACAGAGGAAGCUGAAGGACUUUGUGCAAUGUGGCACCCUAGUGACGGGGUCCCGUUCUCUAAUGAGCAAAUAGGCAGAAAGAGACCUGUUGCACUGGGCAGCCCCCCCCCUACUGCUUACAUCACAUUACAGGCAGUUAUACACUUGUCCCAGCUCUCAGCCUCUCACUAGUUCUGGCCAGUGGGCAGGAGGGGUUUCUUUUUGUUCUCUCUGAGCCUUGACCCCUGCCUGGGAUGGAUCCUUGUGUCCUGUCUGUGCUCUCUGGGAUCCCAUCCUCAUGAGUCCUGACAUGGGCUGUGGAGUCAGCAGCAAGGUGCUCCCGGAGCCCAUGGAGCCCCCUUUAAAGAAGAAGAAUCCCUAUUAUGUGAAGCUGAUUCAAGCGAUGGUACCUGUGCAGUUUUGCAGUCAGCCAUCCCAGUGCAAGGAGGAGUUCUGGGGUCUGCAAGAGGAACCCUGCCGGGCACAGGACCAGGAGCACGAAUUACAAUCAAAGAAGAGCCAAGUGGCCCGAUACCGUGCCAAGUUUGACCCUAGAGUUACUGCAAGAUAUGAUAUCAAGGCUCUCAUAGGCAGGGGUAGUUUCAGUAGAGUUGUGAGAGUGGAGCACAGAGCCACAAGGCAACCAUUUGCAAUCAAGAUGAUCGAAACAAGUGCUAAAGAAGGCAGAGAAGUUUGUGAGUCAGAACUCAACAUCCUCCGCCGGGUCAGUCACCACUGCAUAAUUCAGCUUAUUGAAGUGUUUGAAGCUCGUGACCGAGUCUACAUGGUGAUGGAACUGGCUACCGGAGGAGAACUGUUUGACAGGAUCAUUGCCAAAGGAUCUUUUACUGAGCGGGAUGCCACAAAGGUUCUGCAGAUGGUUUUGGAUGGAAUAAGCUACCUCCAUGGACUGGGCAUAACACACAGGGAUCUUAAGCCAGAAAAUCUCCUUUAUUACCAUCCAGGUGCAGACUCAAAGAUAUUAGUCACUGACUUCGGUUUGGCAAACUCUGGUAACAAGGGAGGAGACUGGUCAAUGAGGACCAUUUGCGGAACCCCAGAAUAUAUUGCCCCUGAAAUUAUUUUAAGGAGACCAUACAGCAAUGGAGUGGACAUGUGGGCCCUUGGGGUAAUCACCUAUAUAUUACUCAGUGGAUCCAUGCCCUUUGAAGAUGAGAAUCGAACAAGACUUUACCGCUUGAUCCUUAAAGGCAAAUAUAGCUAUAUGGGUGAUCCUUGGCCUAAUGUUUCCAACCUUGCAAAGGACUUUAUAGACCGCUUACUUACUGUAGAUUCCACUGACCGCUUGUCAGCAACUGAUGCUCUGAAACAUUCUUGGAUUAAGACCAUGGCUGCAUCUUCAUCCAUGAAGAACCUUCACCGCUCCAUCUCUCAGAACAUGAAACUCCGGGUCUCUUCUCGCUGCCACAGUUCUAAGUCUGAACAUUCGUCCAAAUCAGGUCAGUCAAGCAAAUCCCGGCGCAUACGAGAGAGAGAAAUGGCGGAGCGCAACCUACGUUAUCAGGCUCAUGUAGUGAGCAAUGAUCUACUCUGAACAUAAAUGUCAGCCAACUUGUCAUCUCUUCCUCCUACAAAUACCUGGACUACCUCUUCCUUUGUCAAAAUAGGGGCAAAUCAAUCAGACCAAUAUCAGUGAUAGUUUGGAUAUAAUUAAUAGAACUUUCUAACUGAUUUAGAUCAAUCCAAUAAAUGUUGAUCAAAAUCAGUAUUUAUCAUUAUCCAAACUUUCGUGAUUUUUAUCCAAGACUAGUCAAGAGAACGACUGGUCCAAGAUGUUUCCUCUGGGAAUUCUGUAGUUUGAUCUAAUUGAUCCAACUUUCCAAAUAAACUGAGUUAGAUAUAUCAAAUAAAUGUUGAUCAAAAUCAGUAUUUAUCAUUAUACAAACCUAAUGUGAUUUUCAUCCAAGACUAGUCAAGAGAACGACUGGUCUGAGAUGUUGAAUCCCAUUGAAGGUUUACAGCAGUGAUCAAAUGUUUUUCUGAAAAAUAUUCAAAAUCCACUUUCCUGGAAGCAUGAAUGCACUUUCCAGGGUAGAUAAGGAUCGAUUAAAUUCAACUGAUUUUUGCAAAUAUUGUUAUGAAUAGGUCAUAAAUAACAGUAAUUAUGAUGGCUCAACUGGAGUUGGUCAUUUCAACGACCACUGAUAUUUGUUAUGGCUAUAAUUCUUUUUCAACUUUAUAAAAUAGAGAAGAUCUUUAUGGUAAUUUAAAGUACUUUAUGUCAUAAUAUUGUAUGGGUUUAAUUUUUACUGUAUAUUUAACAUAAUAUAGCGUGGAUUAUAUUUUUUGGCCACUUUUUUUUUAAAAAAAACAUGUAAACACUCAAAAUAAAUUAAUGUAAGAGUACACAGAGCACUUGUUUAGACACUUUUACAUUAUUUAUAUUAUUCACAUUAUUUAGUUUUCUAGUUUUCUCUGUGGUAGCAGUUUUGAAACCUAAUAUAAUGAAUUUGAAACAAAAGCAUCACCUGCUGUUCAUUUAGGGCGGCCGACUGGUACAGUAGGCUGAAAAUAAAUCUAGCAAAAAGAAAGGAAUGUCUUGUGAUGCUGCUGUGCUAAUACCUGACCAAAGACACAUCAGAUGACUUUUCUCUGUUCACUAACUUUAUUUUCUAAGCGGGGCAAGAUGUGCCUUUUCUCACAAAGUAAAUUUUCAGUUGACCAUAGUCAGUUGCCCAAAAUGAGCAGCAGGUGGAGCUGUUUUUUCAAAUUCAUUAUAUUAGCUGUUUAAAGGGGUAGUUCACCUUCAAACAACUAGCUGUUUUCAGAUAGAUCACCAGAAAUAACGACUUUUUACAAUGACUUU